AUGCCUCUCCCGGGCGACCAGCACAACGUCGCUGCCAAUCCGUUCGAGGAGGCCAAGCCACGUAUCUCUGAAUUCACGGCCACUGAAAUCGCCACUCUGCAAGCACGUCUUGAGAAGCAGCUCGGUCCCGAAUACAUAUCAGCAAGAAGUGGCCCUUCAGGACAGAAAGUCCACUACAUUGCCGCUGAAAAGUGCAUUGCUUUGGCCAACGAGGUUUUCGGUUUCAAUGGAUGGUCUUCUAGCAUUCAAAACAUCCAGGUCGACUUUGUUGAUGAGCACCCUCAAACGUUGAAGAUCUCCCUCGGACUCUCUGUUGUUGUACGUGUCACCCUACGGGACGGGACUUUCCAUGAGGACAUUGGCUAUGGCCACAUUGAGAACUGCAAGGGCAAGGCAGCCGCCUUCGAGAAGGCCAAGAAGGAGGGCACAACUGAUGCUCUGAAGAGAGCUCUGAGAAAUUUCGGAAACGUCCUGGGCAAUUGCAUUUAUGACAAGGACUAUCUGGCAAAGGUUACAAAGAUCAAGGUGGCUCCCACCAAGUUCGAUGAGGUCAACUUGCACCGGCACGUAGACUAUGCCCCAAAGGAGCCUGCAGUCAAGCGUGAUUUCAAUACAGAGGCAAAAAGUGGAAAGCCCUGCCUGUUGCCACAAGAUACAAUCGACUCCCUAGACGAUGACUUUGGAGAUUUCGACAUGGCCGAUUUUGGCGUCACGGAAGAUGAACAUCCUGACGAAGUGAUGCUCCCUGCCCCCGGCGGAGUGACGGCGAAACCUGUCGAGAGGCCCCAAAUGGGAGCUGCUGGUCCAGGCAAUGUAUCAAAUCGAUCCACAGGCAGUAAUUUUGGUUCCUCGAGGCCUAUGCAACCACCUGCUCGGGCGCCAAUGACUCGGAGCGGCUCUCAUGGUCAGCAAACUGGUAGACCACAGCCACAAACCCCACAAGCUGCGAAUCGUCCAGCUGCCGUGGGCCAGAGCCGCCCGCAAGGCCAGCCUAAUGGCCGAACAAAUGGACCGGCUCCUGCCCAGGUAUUAGCGGCUCAAGCUGCCUCCAAUAAUCGGGUAAACACACCACCUCCAGCAAAUGGAAAUGAGCAGAUUCCUGAUGGACCGGUCGCCUUCUUCUCGGCUCGUUCGGUUACGGCAUUGGCCGAAGAUGCGCCUCCCGGGACAGCGACUCUGCCUCCCAAGGGUGGUAAGUUGUUCGAUCCGAAGCUUGAAAGCCCUUCUAUUCGCAAGACACCUGGCAUUGAUCAUGGGUCAACCAAACCUGUGGGCAAGGACAUGCGCCAUGUAGCCCCAGUCAAGCAUGACGAGGAGGCAUCCCAACAGCCUGCAAGUGGAAUUAGUAAAUUUAACCCACCCGGACGUCAAAGUCUGGGUAACGUGGUCAAUCCCUCCCUGAAUCAGGCGCGGCAAAUAGGCGCGCCUGGCAGCCAAAGUCCCAUGGCCAACAGAAACCAGUAUCGGCCGCCAACAAUGAAGAGACCGGCGGAAAACGGCACACGAGCACCUUUAAAUGACAUCACAACCAAUAGCACUGUGGGUGCCAGUGCCGCCACAACAGAUGCGAAAAGGCAGAAGGUGGGCUAA